AUGCACUUCCCUUCCUGCAUUUUUAUGUGAGCAGAAUGCCCCUGAUCAUAUAAAGCUUCGUGGAGGUGGCCACAAAGUGUUCCCUUCAGCGCCUCAGACGAUUGAGUUGCAAACCAAAAUGACAUAAAUCUUCUCAAUAAUACAAAGUCUAACAUUAAAUCAGCCAAACAAAAAUCAAUCAAUGCAACUAGUGGCAUCAUCAUAAAACUAAAAAGUCUUAAAAAUAUUUUCUUUCGUCCUUAA